AGGCAAAUGCGUAGGUCUGGCAUGUGAGAGAACGGACGAGGGAGGCCGCUACGAACUUCCAAUUGGAACACGUCUUUUGAAUCUUUCCCACCUCGUCUCAUCAUUCUGGGUUUAUGAUUGGUGACUAUAAUGAUCGAAGGGCCCGCCGAAGAGCAGACUUGUUGCUGGGUGGGUUUGUAAAAGAAACGAGCCGCUGAACUCUGUAUAGAUUAAAUAGCAAAAAACCAACAAUCCUUUGUCCUGGGCUAUUAGCAAUAUAACAAAUUAGUGUAUAACUUAUGCUGCUGAUGGAAUAAGAAAGGCUUGGAUUCCCAUAAACAUUGAAAUAUUGUCGUCCCCCCUUAUUAUAUCGAUGGAAAAAUCCUCCGCUUGCCUCUCCCCGAUGACGUCAGUUGGGGAGGCAGUUGCCGUAUUUCUGCCAGAACGUGGAGGAGGGGGCUUCUGCUUCAGAUGGCAGAUGAUCCAGAAUUGAUAUGGGAAGCAUUUCUCGAUGACGUCACUGGUUCCCUUGAUUCUUCCGCGAGCCGCACGGCUUCAGGAAUUUUGGUCGUGAUGGGAACCCGUAGGAGCCUGCCACAACGUUGGAGUGGAACUAGUUCCCUUGGCGACGGAGGAACGCGAUUUUGAUUUUAGAUCCCGGGUUGUUGUUUUUUUACUCGAUCCUUUUCUCCACAACAACCAUGUGAGGUUAGGCCGAGAGAAGGAGCGACCCAGAGAAAUUCGGGAUUUGACCUGAAGUAUUCCUGGCGGGAGGAAAACCCGAGAACUGUGAAAACGGACAUUGGUUGACUUCAUAGAAGCCCUUGCGGAGUUAUUGACUGUUUGACAUCUAUGGAGCCUCCAGACUCAUUUCCCAACUGAGAAAUGGCAACUCCACCGCUGAAUCCUCCACCAGAUCUCCCCUUUGCUGCCACCUUGUUCCUGCCCCUCCCUGCCAUCGUUUUCUUGGUUGUUGGUUCCUACCUGCUGCUCCUCAUUCUGGUCCUGGUCCUCAGACAGUGCCUACUGGCCAGAGGUUUUUGUGCCAAUUGCUGUUCCUGUGAGAAGCGGUCUUGGCCAACUUUGUGUGAAUGCUGUAUGGCGUGUGCCGAAUCAUGUAACUGUGCCCUUCCCACUCCAAAUCGUUGUCUAGAUCACUGCUGUUCUUGUGCUAAUGGAUUGGAACCAGGCAGUUGCUCCUUUCCACGCCUGUGUCCACUUUGUGACUGUGCCUGUACAUACCAGCCCCCAGACUGCCAGAAUAUCAACUGUAUUUGUUUUGAGAUCAAAUUGCGUUAAGGGAUCUUAGCUUUCUAAAUAAAAGAGAUUUUUAUCUGGAUGCAUGGAAAAAUGUAGGAGACUGCAAGUGAUGCUCAAUACAACAAAUUGUUGCUCAUAUUGGCAAAAUUAACUUUUCUGUUGCCAAGAGAUUUGAAACUUUGCACUUCUUUUUAUAGCUUUUUUUCAAAACACUGAUUUUUUUAUGAUUGUUUGAUACCAUGUUUUAUAUGAACUGCUGCAUUUAUAAUAAAUUGAAUUGUCUA